UACUUCAAUGAUAGAAAAUAAAUUGAAAAAUGAAUUUGGAACAAUGACAAAGCAGAAUGGUUCACUUGGGGGACAACAUCUUGCAAGCCACAGAAUGGAAUCUUAUGAGAAAAAACAGAAGGUGGAUUCAUUAAUGUACCAUGACAUGAACAUUACUCAGCUGGGCGCUAGCCCAACAGUAUGGGAAAAAUCUUCAUUACGCUGUCGGAACAGAUUAUCCAUUUUAAGUAAAGAUGCAGAUGUUGUUGUUGAAGAAAUAGUUGAAGAUGACAACACCAUUGUGUCUGGUACUGUUGAUCAAAAUGAUCCAAAACAACUUCAACCAGUUUCAAAGAGACCGAAAAAGACGACUUAUAAGAAAAUUGUUUCAGACACCAACCUCAGCUAUUGUGCAGGUUUUCAGGGAUUGGUUUCGGUUAGUCAUGUGAUAAGUCCAUGCCAUUUCUACAUUCAAAAGUCUUCAGAGAAAAAGAAAGCUAUUGUCUUGGCAGCAGAAGCUGACGAUCUCUCUCGUAGUAUGGAAGUGUCAAAAUCCCCUGCAGCUACUCUGGAACUUGGUGAAAGAAUUAUUGUUAAUAGCAGCAUUUUUCGUGCAUGGCGCCGAGGAAUUAUCACUGAACUGGUGCCACAAGGAAAAAUUGAUAAAGCUAAUAAUACUACAAAGUAUCAAAUAACUGAUCUUGCUGCACUCAGAGUGUUCAUUUUGGACUUCGGCCAUUCAGAAAUAUUUGUACUCCCAGGAACUGAUAACCUUUUGAAGAAGUUGGAGGAUGGUGUGGAUACAUACACAUGUGUCAGUGAUUUGAACCAGUGUAUACGAAAAGUGAUCCCUCAAAUGAAAGGAGCACUAAAUUACAUUCCUCCAUUAGCAAUUAAAUGCUCAUUGAAGGAUAUUGUUCCAGCAAAUCCAAGUAACAGUUGGAGUGUGGAAGCCAGGAAUGAAUUUACACGAAUUGUAGAUAACAAAGCUGUACAGAUGAUAGUUUUGGGAGAGGAUGGCGACAAACUUCUUGUGGACUUGAAAAAACCUCCGAUGGACAAGAUGGAAAGUGAUGUUCCUGUCUCAUUACGCGAUGCACUUGUCUUCCUUGAAUUGGCCAGGUUUGUUAGUGAAUAUUCUAUCCCCAUGCCAAAUCUGGAAGCCAACCAGUUGACUAUGCAGUAUUGUCCACCUGUCAAGCCACCUUUUUUAAAGGAGAUUGAAAUUAUGGUUACACAUGUCAACGAUCCAUUGGAUUUCUACAUUCAGUUGAUGGAUAGUGUGGAUCUUCUCAUCCUCACAAGAAAUAUGUUUGAAUUUUAUACUGGAAAAGAUGUCAGUUUGGAGAUCCUGUGCCCAUUUGUUGGACAAGCUUGUGCAGCACUCUUUGAUGAUGGAGGAUGGUACAGAUGUCAAAUUAGUGGCUUACCUGGACAUAGAGAAGUUGAUGUCAAAUACGUUGAUUAUGGCAACACAGCACGAAUACCAGUAACAAAUACAAGGAAGUUAAAAGAGGAUUUUCUAACUUUACCUAUUCAAGCUUUACAAUGCAGACUGUCGGAUGUGGAACCUAUCAAUAGCACAGAAGGAUGGAACGAUUGUGCAAAAGAGAGAUUUCAAUACCUUACAUUGAACAAGUGCAUGUGGUGUCAUAUAACUUAUGAAUCUUGGGGAGACUCAUUGUCAGUUCAGUUAUCAGCACCUGAUUUGAAUGGGACAAAAGCUUGUAUAAACAACAUUUUAGUUGAAGAAAACCUGGCAAGCUUUACAAAGAAUUAUUUCACAGAUAAUGUAGAGCACAAUAACAAAGCUCUGAUGACUUCCACCAAACAAAUAAAUGAAGCUGGAAUAAUAAGUGUUCAUGACAGUGUAUCAAAUUGCCAACAGCUUGAAGAAAUGGACAUUUCUGGGACAGUAUCAAGUGGAAAUGCUUUUGAUUAUGGUCAGCAAGUGGACGUGAAAGUAACAUUUGUGGCUUCUCCCAGCAGUAUAUUUGUACAGAUGUUAAUGUCACAGUAUCGGCUGAAAGAUUUGCAGGAAGAAAUGAAAGUUGCAUAUUCAUCUUUGGAACAUGAAGUUGUUGAAUGGGAGGAGAGUAUGGACUGCGCAUUAUUGGCUUUUGAGCACAGAGAGUGGAGAAGAGGGAAAGUCACCAAAGUGAUUUCGGAUAAGUUUGUGGAGGUAUUCUGCUAUGACUUCGGAAACAAAGAAACAGUAAGCAUCAGUAUGAUAAGACAGCUAAAAGAAGAGUUCCGAUUUGAACCUCUGGCUCUUGAAUGCUCCUUGUCGCAUAUUAGACCAGCUGGAGGGAGUUUAAAUUGGACAGCAACAUCAUGUGACUUUCUGGAAGAAGUUCUGAUUGGACGUUCAGUACUUAUCAACGUUGAGGAAUCGUCAUCCAAAUCACCUGUACCAGUGAAACUCUAUGCUAAGGAUGAAAUUGAACAAUUUGUCAACAUAGCACAGUACUUGGUCAAGAAAGGUUUGGCCUUACCUCAGAAAAUUUCAACUACACCAGGCGUUAGAGCAAAACACGCUGAUGUGAAGCAAAGUGACAAGGAGCAGUCAGCGGGCCAAGCAACUGAAAUUGGGUAUCAAAUACUCAACAAUCAUGAAAAUCACCUGUCUUCCAAAAAAACAUACAAACCUGCUGUCCUACCAAAUGUGAAUAUCUUCAAUGUUGAAAUAACUGGUGUUGAUGAUAAUGGAAUCAUCUAUGGAAUAGCAGUAUCAAUGAAAGAGCAAUUUACCAUGUUGACAAGUGCUAUCCAGACCAGUUUUAAAGUUCUACCAUUACUGAAACCGUACUGCUAUAGCAAGAGGGAAGGCUGCAUUGUUAAAGGCUCUGAUACACUCUGGUACAGAGCAAAGAUUUUGGAAGUGAUUGGGGGAUCUGUUAAGGUACAAUAUGUUGACCGUGGAUAUACUGAAACAAUUCCUCAAUGCCAUGUUUAUCCAGUGCUAAUGUAUCCUGAUAUUCCAGAGCUUUGCCUUCCAUUUCAGCUUUUUGGAGUAGAACCUGUAGGAAACAAAUGGCAAGAAGAUGCUAUUGACACUCUGAGAGAAUUACUUUACCAAAGAAAUUUAGAAGUGGAGGUUAUGGUCCAGCCGGGAAAUGGCAUACAGAUGCUGCUAGCUGAUCUUCACUUUGAUGGAAUUUCAGUUUCUUCCUUUAUGAUACUUCACAACCAUGCUCUUAAAAAAGAAAAGGCUUCUGUAACGUUCAAGAAAUUUUGUCCGAAUUUAAAUGAUGGAAAUGAGCCUGAAGAAAGUUGGGAUUUGAUGCAUGAGGAUUUGCUGGCCUCACGCUUUGAAACCUUCAUGGUGCCAGAGUAUGAUUAUCCAUUAUUGCCUUUACCUGGAAAGAUUUUCCCUGUAACAGUAAAGCACCUAGAAACUCCCAAUCAGGUGUACAUUUCCAUUGGUUCGAGGAGAGAUGUUGAAUCUGAUACUGACACGGAUGAUAGCGGCAUAAGCUAUGAACCAGAAGAUGAUCUUGAGCAAGCUCUCAGAGAGCUUAAUCAGAAUGCAGAGGCACUUCCUUUACUAUCUGAUUUCAGAUCAGAAAUGCCUUGCCUUGCUGAAUACAGCGAUGGACGAUGGUACAGAGCAAAAGUAUUGUCACUAGAUAAAGUCCAACCAUUAAAGAUCUUGGUGCAGCAUGUUGACUUUGGCUCCACUGCAUCUUUACCACAUUUUAGGCUUCGGCAGAUUCCUGCACGUUUAGUGCAGUAUCCAGUUCGAGCCAUCAAAGUCAAGCUGGCAGGAUUUAAACCCCCAGCUUUAAUGAAUAAUGUUGACCGAAUUGCAUACAGUCCAGAAUGGUCCAUGGAGGCUCUGUGGACAAUAAUUGACAUUGUACAAAGGAAUCAACUUACAGCAUUCUUGGUGGGCCUAUGUCCAGAAGUUUCUGUAUUCUUGUAUGAAGAAGGAUCACUGAUUCACCUACCACUUGUGGAAAAGGGGCUAGCAGACUUAGAUAUGUAAAAGGUAUCAGCAAGAUGUUGGAGAACCUUCAAACCACACAAGAUUCUACAAAAUAUUGCCGUUACAUUUUUCUUGUAUCUUUUACUGCAAAGGUUUUGCUGUACUGGAGUUUGAAGGUGUAUAAAGCUAUUGUGUUCAAGUUUUCUUGACUGAAUACUGUUUAGCAUUGUUUUAUUUUACUUAAAGCAUUGAUGUGAUGCUAAUGUAUAUCUGUUCAAUGGCUAAGUUCAUGAUGGUUCAACUGCAAAAAAAAAAUUGACAUUACUUCUAAGUUUUUUGUUUUUCCAAUAUGCUCAAUAGUCUAACAGCACCAUGUUAUUGUUUUGUUUAACGAGUAUCAAGAAUACCAAUUAUGGUAAAUAAUUCUGAUUUGAUGGCAGAGUUGUCAAAUUUCUGUAUAUUCAUAAAUAUUGUUUAUUGUUUGAAGUAAAUGUUUAUAUUUUCAAUAAAGUUGUUUUCUGGUGUGUUUCCAGUGGCAUGCUACCAUUUUCCUAUUUAUUCAAGCAAUGGUUUGGGAUGAUCACCCAAGUAAAUUCUUAAGAAUUAGAAAAAUGUAUCAAGAUAUUUCUUAUGGUAAAUUUAUUAAGGUAAAUCAACACUUUAACUUAUUUCUUUUCUGCUCGAUGCAGAAA